AUGGUUAUCAAACCAAAGCGCAACAAUGCUCAGCACCAGCCGCUCACCACGGUUCUGAGAAACAUCAUCCGCGAGUAUCCUGCAGGAGGCGGCGUACUUCGAGAGCUCUGCCAGAAUGCGGACGACAGCGGUGCGACUAUGAUCGAGUUUGUGCUUGAUACCUCCACAUAUCCGACCGAGCCUCUGUUACAUGCGGGGCUUGCUGAAUAUCAAGGCCCAGCUCUGUUUGCCUACAACAACCGAACAUUCUCCGAGAGGGACUUCCGCUCCCUCAGCAAGAUUGGCGAUUCGGAGAAGAUGAACGACGUGAGCAGCACGGGGAAAUUCGGCAGAGGUUUCAAUAGCGUCUACAACUUUACCGACAACCCUUCAAUACUGAGUGGGAGCUCGCUGUUGAUUCUGGAUCCCCACGAGGCUUGGUCGAGAGAUGUGGGGGAGCCUGGGGGGCCGCUCUACGACUUUGUGGAGGAUUGCCAGGAACAAGAGAUGGUGAAUCAGCUUGCUGCAUUCGGGCAUCUUCUUCCUGACCACAGAUCUUCCUUCGAUGGCACGUUGAUCCGUCUGCCGCUCAGGACGAUGGAGCAGGCCAAGCAAAGUAGGAUUUUGCUUGACAAGGACCGGAGGCCUACCGAGAUCGACGAUAUUAAAAGCAUUUUCAAAUCCUUCGCUGUUGAGAUGGCCGAAUCUUUGUUGUUCUUACGCCAUAUUUCUUCGAUCAUCCUUCGGAUCGAUGAUGAGAUAUUUGCGAAAGCGGUGGCACGGAAGUUCAACAGUGAAGGGGAGAUCACGGACGCCUUUUCUAUCGAUACACCGUAUCAGUCCGUACUUGUGCGAAGAGACGAACCACGCGCCGAAAUUAAUUUCGUGACGGAGAUAGCCUUCCAGCUUCAAGGCAAGGAGCAAAUUUCGAAGUUUGCUGUCACUCACCUCAUGAGACAUGAGACUGGAGAGUCUGAGCUCGGGAAGUGGGCUCGGAGUUAUAAACUGUUCCCAUGGACCGCUAUUGCAACACCUAUUUUGGAGGUUGCUGGUUCAAAAUUCUCCGGAAGGCUUUUCUCCACGCUGCCGCUCCCGGUGCGCGUGGAUCAUCAUGCCCACAUUCAUGCGAUGUUUUCGAUUACCCCCGACCGCGCCUCCAUUCACAAAGACGAGGAUUCAACCGCCUCCGAAAACAGCGAAACAAAGAUGGGAGCACAAUGGAACAGAUGGAUCUUCCAAGAACUGGUUGUCCAUGCCUGGGUUGGCAACCUGCAGUACGUCCAUGAUCUGACCCUAAGGAAGCGAUGUGCGUUUAGCGGAUGGUCACUGUGGCCGGUGGGAUCUCAGGAUCACGGAGACCAUAGCACCCAUAUUUCCGCAAUCCUGGGCUUGGUCUUCGAGAAAAUUGUGAUCGACGGAAGAAAACUGCUGCCUACGAUAAGCCACUCAACUGCAUGCGCUUCCGAAGUCCUCUUUGCGGAGGAAUUAGAGGAGCAGCUGAAGAAUGCUCUGCGGAACGCACAUGUUGUCGUCAUCCACCCGCCUACCGAUAAGAGGACUGAAAUAUCCCGGAAACUCGCGCCGACGAUGGAUCGUGUCUCACCUCGCACAGUGCGUGCUGCCUUGACCGCUCUUCGUGGUACAUUACACACCCUUAACGCAACUUCUCGUUCAAUCUUGCUGGACUAUAUCCUCACGGAUCGGGAUUACGAAGACAUUGGGAAAUGUGAGGCUCCCCUAAUUCCGCUGGUAGACGGUUCAUAUGGUAGCUUUCAGAAAUCGUCGAUGAAAUACCGGUUCAGCAGAGAAUCAGAGUUAAGCCUGUUCACAGAAUGCAAAGCUUUCUCCAUUGUCAAUUCAAAGCUAUCUGAGGGCACAUACAAUCAUUUUAUGAAAUACAUGGGUUCUUUUCAGAGGUUUACCACUAUUUCGCCUUGGAAUAUAUUGGGCGCACACUGGUAUCUCGUCACAUAUGUCUUCUCAGCCGAGAGAUCUAAUAAACAGCAAUCAAACGACAUUAUUACUCGGCCGGAAUUGAUGGAAUGGAUCGAGCGCUUCUGGAGGUGGGCCAUUUCAAAGGAUCAAGAGAACCUACUAUCAGUGAUGGGGGACCUCUGGCUUAUUCCACUUUCUGGAGGGCGCCUCCGAAAGCUCUCGGAGAUCCAGCCAGCGCUUGAUAUAUCUGGCAGCAGCCAAGUUUCUCAGUUAUUCAAAGAAAUCGUUUCUGCCGGUACAGACUACCCGAUCUAUUCGGAAUCACUCUCCCAGAAGAUUUCGGACUUCUUUCGACGUUCGAAAAGGAUUUAUUGCUGUGAGAAUUUCGAGGAACUUGUCACUUGGUUGGGAAUGUAUCCAAGUUUUCUCGAAACUGCAAGCAAACAGCAGAGAUCUCAGCUCGUGCUCCAGUUGGGUGUCAUGUCGCCUGUAAUGAAAUACCAGAACAUUACACCGGGCGAGAAGGAAUGCCUCCAAGGCAUAGUUCAAAUUCUCCGCAAGCUACCUCUCUACCAUGAAGCAUUUGUCAGACGGCCAGAGCGCCCAUGGAUAGACCUCGAUGACAUAGAUUCAAAGUAUGUGGCAGUGUCUUGUACGGACGGGCUUCCAGCUCUCCAAGUUUCGAACACGAUUUUCGUUGACAGAGAUGAACCCGGUGUCAAAAAUAUUCUCAUCGCCUUCGACUUAGCAGCUACGCCGUCACGCAGAAUGCUUUUGGAAAAGUAUGUGCUUGCAGACAUGCGCCAGGCUAGCUUUGAAAGGAAAAGCGCCUUGUCGAAAUACGUCCUUCGGCCACAAUGUUUCGGGGAUUUGGCUAUAAAAGCACGAGAAGAUUUGGCUGGAACUAAGUUUGUCCCAGUGUGCGGGAAGGAAAUAUUCGCUACUCCAAAGGAGACGGUCGAUACGGACAUGCCGGUAUCGAAAUUAUAUUUUGAAGACGAGGGCGUCUUUCCUGACGCGACCUAUUUGGCUAAGCACCGACAGAGUUUGGAGCAGCUUGGUAUGAUUACACGCAUUACCGACAAGGUCCUCCUCGAAAGAAUCGAGAUGUACAGCGAAGGCAGGAGGGAGAUCGACGAGAUAUCGGGCAAAGUUCAACAUUUGCUCAAUUUGGCAGCAAGUCCCCCUAAGCUAGAAGCUAAACACUGCCAAAUGAGAUGGAUCCCAGCAUCUAAGGAGGGCAUCAAGAAAUUGUACAACGCUAUGGAGUGCCGGGAUUACAAUCAAAAAGAACUGAUCGAAUAUUCAAUGCCACUGACGGAGCUUGAAUUCUCGAGGACUUGGCACAAGAGAUUAGGGUGGGACGUUCGGCCCGAUUGCCGAUAUAUUCUUAAGCAACUCGAUGAGGCCGUUGCCCGGCAGGACACUUCCGCUAUUUUAUCUCUGCUGAAAUCUAAGUGGCUAUCCGGGAUACAGGAGCUAGAUACUAGGGCGUGGAUUCCAGGAGCCUCCGGUGGAUAUUACCGACGUUCGGAUGUCUUCUUCAAGUCUGCGAGCUUUCAUCCGUACAUCGAUAACGUCAAUCUGCAGGUUGGAGAAUAUCUCAACCUUAACGCAGAUCCCAUUUUUCAAACACAACAGGUGCCUUCGUUUGAAAAGCUCCGAGAAGUACAAGUUACCAUAGUAGCUAAGGGCAGAAUGGCCGGGGAAGACUUGAAGGUGUUUGUGGCACUCUUGGAGCAAGUUGCCCCCUACUUUAACGACUCCGACGACGCCUCUUGGAUGGCUCCGGACACCAAUGGCACGCCGCGUGCGCUGUCAGAAUUGACGGCUGGAGCUCAGCCCGGGGAUGCAGGCGCGAUGAAUCUUCAUUUACUGCAUCCAUCAAUUCCUCCAACGAUCGUUGAGGCACUUAGGAUUCCUACCAUUCAACAGCGAUUCCUCCAUGAAAGGGUUGGCCCCGAGUUCGUACAGGAUUACGAACAGUCAGAGGAUCUUACGGUUGUCAUCUCAGACACACUCAAGCGCUAUUCGAGCCGACGCACCUUCAAUGAAUAUCUAGCCAACGCAGAGGAUUCGGGAGGAGCAAGCGAUAUUUGCUGGAUACUGGACCAGACAGAGUAUCAUGAGCGGACGAAGCUCAUCACCAAAGAACUGGAGGAGUGUCAUGGACCUUCUCUCCUGUGCUUCAACAAUGGCGUAUUCCGUGAGAAGGACUUUCAGGCGAUUGUCAAGAUCGGAGUUGGUUCUAGGGGUGAUGAACCAUCGAAGAUUGGCAGGUUUGGUCGUGGUUCGCUGACUAUGGUAAUCCUUACGAAGCUGUAG